GGGGGGCACGUGAUGUCGGGUGACUUGACAGCGGCAGCUCAGUCUGUGGGCUUGGUCAGAGUUGUUAGGGAGAGUGAAUGAGACGCUUUCCAGCGCGGGUCAUGCAAGCACUGGAGGAAACUAAAGUUUGACAUCUCACUCAAAACAAGGAGACAUGUGGAUGAGCCUCACUCUCUCACUCGUGGCUGCCUUGGCGCUGGGCACAGAGGUCUCUGUCCCUCAGGAUGUGGGCUCACUGGAUCCAACUGAAAUGCCAGCAGAUGAGGCAGAUUUCAGCAAUGAUGAUUUAUCUUCCCUGUAUGGAAAUUCCAGGCCUCAGAUCUUGUUGGCUCAGUUUGAAUGUUACCUGAAGAUGAUUCACGAGCCACUUCGCACAGAUGAAGGCCCUUUCUGUAACCGUACGUGGGACGGUUGGAUGUGUUGGAAAGACUCGGUGCCGGGUACUUCCAUGCAGAUGUGUCCUUCAUACUUUAUAGACUUUGACCCCAGAGAAACAGCCACCAAAAUUUGCAAUCCUGAUGGCCAGUGGUUCCACCAUCCAGAGAGUAAAAGAGUCUGGACCAACUACACACUGUGUUCUGCCCACAAUAAAGAAAAACUCAAGUUUUUACUCAGUCUCUAUUACCUGGCUAUGACCGGUCAUGGUAUAUCCAUCAUUUCUUUAAUCGUCAGUUUGAUCAUCUUCUCCUCUUUAAAAAGUCUUAGCUGUCAGAGGAUCUCUCUCCACAAAAACAUGUUCAUCUCUUUCAUCUUCAACUCUGUGUUUACCAUCGGGUGGCUUUCAAUGACCUCCCAUGGUAGGCAAACCAUAAAUGCCAUCAACCCUGUCAGCUGCAAGAUUCUGGCUACUUUGGUUCAGUAUACAUCUACCUCCAACUACUUCUGGAUGCUGUGUGAGGGCAUUUAUCUCCACACGCUCAUCAUAGUGGCCGUCUUUGUGGGGGAACAGCAGCUGUUUUGGUACUAUGUCCUGGGAUGGGUUUUUCCCAUCUUUCCUGCGGUUAUAUAUGCUGUUGCUCGUGGAUUCUACUUUAAUGACACGUGUUGGAUCAAUUCAAACUCCCACCUCCUCUACAUCAUUCAUGGGCCCAUUCAUGUUGCACUACUUGUAAACGUUUUCUUUCUCCUGAACGUCAUCCGAGUCCUCAUUACCAAGCUGAGGAAGACGCACUGCAUUGAGUCUAACACCUAUAUGAAGGCGGUGAGAGCCACGUUCAUCCUGAUCCCUUUGUUGGGAGUCCAGUACAUCUUCAUGCCCUGGAUACCAGUCGAAUAUGACAACCAAGUCAUUUCCUUCAUUGUGUUUGUCCUUUUCCACUUCCAGGGACUCUUUGUGUCAAUUAUUCUCUGUUUCUGCAAUGCAGAGGCCCAAACAGCGCUGCGCAGGAAGUGGGUUCAGUGGAAGAUCGCCUGGGGGAAAACGGGUUUGGGAGAAACUCCGUUCGUCAGCCAUUACUUCAACUGUCACACUACCUCCUCCAUCGUGGAGACCAGCAAUGCUACUGGCAGCGCCGAGGUGCCCGCCGAGGUGCCUGCCAUGGCGCCGUCUCAACGACAGACGGAAAACUGUCACCUCAUGCCUGUGGGGCAGCAAAAGACAAGAUAAGGAUGCACAAACCAAGACCUGACCUCUGACUUUGGCAGCAGCAGAGAUAACUGCUGCAGUGUCCAACAACUAAAGCACCCAACAUCUGAAAAGAGAAACUAAAAACUCAUUUACAAAGUAAAUGGAAAGUGAUUACUUUGUAUGUACAUAAAUGAUAUUGUAUGAACAACCAGAUAUUUUUACACCAGUCAAGAACUUGUAGGAAGACAUUUGUUCAUCAUUGUGCCAUUGUAUUGUUUCUGUGAAUUUUAAUAGGCAGUGCAUCAUAUUUUCUUUUCUUGUUUUUAACUAAAGUUUCUUUUAUACUACACUUGAAAAUGCUACUACAAAAUUGUGCAUUGUGCAUUCUGUGGCCUUACGGAGCUUUUACACUAUUUGGUGUAAGUAUUUUGAACUAUUCACAUCUUCCUAUGUUACAACCCAAAUCCUCAGUGAAUUUUAUGUGACGGAUUAGCACAAAGUAGUCCAUAAUUGUGUAUAAAACACAUCAAACUUUGCAGUUGUAACAUGAGAAAAUGUGAAAAGGUUCAAGAGAAUACAAAAGUCCCAUUUUUAUCACAAGGCAUUUUCUCUUCAAACAAUGCUCUGCUUUACUUUCAGUAACUGUAAAAAACAAACAAACAAAAAACAUGGAUGGCAACUUGGAAAUAUCCAGCUCUGACCUGUAACUCACAAUAAAGUUAGAGACCUCACUAACUGCCACAACACGCACACACACAAACACACACACACACACACACCUACACGCGCACACCCACACACAAAAAUUCACGUCUUUUAAGGAGACCAGAAUUGCACAGAUCAGAAAUUGGUGGCUGCUUCCGAAUUUCAUUUUGUGAAAUUGUCUACAUCCAUUUAGCUUUUUACAGUUUCCUUUUAAAAUCUGUAAUACAUUAAUAUGUAAUAAGAGCUUCAUCUUGCUGCCAGAAGCAGUUACCAGCUAUUCAUAUUAGUGAGGCUACUGCACGAGAAUGUUAGCGAUUAGUAUGGUUAGUACAGGUAGCAUUGCUAAAAUCCCAGUCUCUAAAGAAUUUGGAUUCUUGACUUAACUUUGCCUUAAGAUUUCUUAAAUCUGCAACAUUUUCAAAUCCAGCUUGUUGCUCACAUUUUGAAAGCUCAAAAAGAUUAAACUUGGUUUAGCCUUCCUGUUAUCAGCUUUAAAUAUUGCCCUCUUACUCACAGCCUGACCUAACUUUAAAUCUUUCUAGACUGGUUUUUAAAAAUAGAGUUUUAUUUCAAAUAGCUUAUAUACAUCUCUGUGUUUCCGUUAACUUUAUGGUAAACACCCCACUGGUAAUGAAAAUAGCUAAACGCUCAGCUUCAGCGCCCACAACACAGUGUUAUUAGCACAAGCUGGAACGAGGCAUUUCUUAAGUAGCUUUCGUUUUUAUGUCUUAUUGAAACACAGUUGAGUGAAAGUUGUUUUUAACUGAAUAUUAAAUCUAACCAGAU